AUGACCGAAUCCGAGCCCGCUGUGGAGGUCUACAUCCACGGCAUCAGACUAUCUGUGAAGAAAGCACAGCUAGAAACGGAACUCGCCUCCAUCUUACACCGCCCACCCUUUGCUUCAUUCUCUAAUGUUCUGGGGCCUGUUAACUUCGUUGUCUAUCUUUUCAAGGAUAAACAACACCGUGGUCGUCCUCACGCUGGCCGAGGGUCUCUGACUCUCCGCCGUGAGGUCGCUAAUUUAUUCCUCCAAGAAUACGGAGAUCGGUCCGACUCCCCGCCGAGCAAAGCCAUCUACAUUGCAGGGGGUCGGCUUCGUUUCUCGGAAUCGCGGUCAAAACCACGACCAGAGAUCGUCGACCGUGUGUUGCGCUUUCCUUACACUGAUCCUGCUGUGUCAGCACAGAAGGAGCAGGCUACUGCCAUAUUCCAGUCAGAAAGUGUAUCUGUGAAUAUGUGCCAAUUUGGUUGGUACUGUCGCGACGCUGUUUUCUCUGUUGAGUGGGAAGCUGAAAUCGUCGGUUCCCUUCGGAUAAACGAGGAACGGCGAGAGUUUCGACUUGAGAUCAAUCGGGGAGCUGAGUUCCAAUUUGUGGCGAUUCGGUUCUCCAAGAUAAUCCAUGUCUCAACGUAUUUCGAAUUUUCUGCGGGAGCUCUCCCUGUUAUCUUCCUCGGCCUGUCUGACCCUCCAACCUUCGAAUCGGUUGAAGCGGGAAGCAAGAACGACCCCCGUGCUCGCCGCCGCCGCCUGUCACAUCUUGAUAUUAACGACCACGAGCGAGUUGCUGCAUUUACCUCACUCCAUCUCCGCCUUGUCUGCAAGACUGCACAAGAUCUUGCCUCUUUCAGGCAUCUCACCGAAACUGCUAAUAUCCACAAUGUAGACAACGUCGAAAUCCGCAUCGAGCGACGCGGACUAUUUGCUCCUACAGCCAUGCGUCAGCUGACCCGAGAAAUAGCACGGCUACGAUGGUCUGUCGCAUUCCAGCUCGAAGCUCUCUGGCGCAACUCCAAUCUCGAUACUCUGGAGCUUUUUGCGUCUCAUCCCUCUCAGUUUUUACGUCAUUUCGGGAAUAAAGCUCGCUACUGGACCUUUUAUGAUUCGGGAGUGCUAACAGUGGAAGAUUUCUUUUUCAAGGAGCACGCUAAAUAUUUAAAGAUGAUAGCCCAAGCGAUACGUCCCCCGGACAAUAGCACAUUUGAGUCGUUGCAUGUCUACGUUACUCCCACCAGCAUCUUGCUGGACGGUCCUUUUCCCGAGGUAUCCAACCGCGUCAUCCGAAGCUUCGACGUCAAAUACCACGAAUCGUUCCUUCGAGUCAGCUUCAGCGACGAAGGGAAAAUGCAGUAUCGAUUCGAUCGCGAGUUGGACUGCGUCGCAUUCACCCAUCGGCGGGUCGGUGCAUUCUUGAAGAAAGGACUGCAAGUCGCGAGUAGAAGCUUCGACUUUCUCGCUUACUCUCAGUCUGCUCUGAAGGAGCAUGCUGUCUGGCAUUCACCUCUACAGCUUCCACGACAGUGGAAGUCGAAGAAAAUCAUUCACCUGGACGAUAUAUCGACAGCUUCUGGCAAAUACCAUUUCACUGAUGGUGUGGGAACCAUGAGCCUGGAACUGGCGAAGGAUAUUUGGACCCAACUUUCCGCUACGCGGCGGAAAAGAAAAACAAAAUUUAUUCCGCGGGCCUAUCAAGUACGUUUCCAAGGCUGCAAGGGAAUGCUCUCGGUGGACUACAAGCUCAAAGGGCAUGUUGUGUGUUUGCGGCCUUCCAUGAUUAAAUUCAGCGCACCACACACCCGGGUCGUGGAAAUUGCCAGAGCCUUCGAUAGGCCUGGUGUCUACUACUUGAAUCGCCCAUUGAUCAUGAUUAUGGAAGGUUUGGGUGUCGACUACAAGGUUUUCAAGAAAUAUCAAGACAAAGCCGUGAAGAAUGCCGAAGAAUCGACAACUUCACUCAAAAAAUUUGCAGAAAUACUGGAGAUUCACGGACUCGGUGCCUCGUUCAAGAUACCGUCUAUAUUGAACAGUCUACUUCAACUCGAGGUCCACUCCCUCAAGGGGCUCAACUUUUAUCAAAAAAUGCUCGAGUUCGCAAAGCAUCAUAUACUGCGCCUAUUGAAGACAAAGGCCCGCAUUCCGAUUCCACACGCAGUAACAGUUGUCGGCGUUGCAGACGUUCACAAGUAUCUCAAACAAGGCGAAGUAUUCGUCUGCACUCGUGCUCUUGAGAGCAACAAACUUGAGUACAUCCAAGGCAAUAUUAUCAUCUCCCGAUCGCCUACCAUCCACCCUGGGGAUGUUCAGGUGGUCAAAGCUAUUGGCAAACCACCUCCGGGGUCUCCCUUUGACCACGAGCCACUUCCGAAUACCGUUGUUUUCUCUGUUUUAGGUAUGUCUCGUGCGCAGUUACCCGAGCCAACUGACCAAUUGAGCCAGGCGAUAGGCCAUUGGCGUCAUGUCUGGGAGGUGGGUAAGUCGUUUUUAUCCAUCAGCACGCUUCCAGCUAACACUUUCUUUCGUGAUUGCGAUGGUGAUACCUUCAACAUCAUCCCUUUGUCAAAACUCCCAGAGUUCCGACCGCGAAAACUUUACAAGGCUGCAGAAUACGCGCCAGCGGAAAAGAAACUCGUUGACGGAAUCAGCACGAUGGACGAUGUUGCGGAUUUUGUGAUCGACUAUAUCAAUAGUGACGCUCUGGGAAUCGUCGCGACAAACUGGUUACUCAUCGCCGAUCAAACUGAGGAGGGCAUCUUCCACCCGGACUGCUUGAACCUCGCCAAUCUGCAUUCAACAGCAGUUGAUUACCCGAAAACCGGAAUGCCUGUACCCAUAGAUUUGAUUCCCAAACCACCUUCCAAAUCGAUGCCAGACUGGCAUGCCCCAGAGAUUACCGCCAACUCGAAGGACCAUUACCCUAGUCAACGUGCCAUCGGAAAGCUUUUCAGAGAUAUCAAGCUGACCGACAUACGACCGCAAAUGUCUAGCUUCGAUAGGCAGUUAAUCAAGGAGGGUAAAAUGCAGGCCCCGGACGUUGCCGAUCUAGCGGAGACGCUGGAUAGCAUGACUGUUGAAAACAACCCACUGGUUCGAAUAAUCGAAGAUCGAGUUUCCGACUUCAUUUCUGUGGACGAAUACCCAGGGGACUGGACACUGCACAUCGCAGAAAUUUUCAAGCAAUAUUCGUCUGAGCUCCAAGGUCUCUGCAUCAAUCACACUCUUUCUCAUGCAAAAGCAGCACUGCUCUCCGAAGUAGAAGCUGUGGUUGGUACAAUCAUUGCCAAGACAUCUCAACCGCGCAAGCGCGCCGAUUUAAUGGCGUCGUUGCGUGAAAAGACCGACUUUUUGGUACGCGGGGUCAAGGAGGAAAUCCUGGGAGAUGCCGAAUUAUUUGAGUGGGAAGAUUCGCUGUUGCGAGCAUGGCUGGCAUUCAAGCUCGCAGUAGCUGAACAAGAGAACGGGGAAUUCGGCUCACAAAGCUUCAUGUGGGUUGCUUUAGGCACCAUAUUCGAGGUGUUGAAGGAGAUGGAAGGCGAGUAG